AGAGAGAGAGAGACACGCACACACACGGCUCUAUAUAACGUGGACGGGCUGAACUCUCCUCAGUGAGUGGACGGACUCACAGCCUGCUGGAUCUCCUCUGGUUCCACUUAGAACCUCCAGUGAUCCGGUUCCACUGAGCGGAGAACAUCGCGGUUUCGAUCCGAGAUUAGCGCCUCUUCACCUGACGCAAAACCUUCCAGGACCCGCGGAGGACAUGCGGGGCUGCGUGGCUUUGUUGGCCGCCUUUGCAGCCCUCUCGGCCGGCUUCCGGAGCUCCGUGUCCGCGGUGCAGAGCUCCGCAGCGUCCCAGGUGCAGGAGGCUGCAGCAGCGGGGAACAGCUCCGCGGUGCCCCGGGGGGAGAGCUCCGGGGACGGGGAGCGGGCAGCGGGGCGCAGCAGCUGUCCUGGCCGCUGCCGGUGCGAGGUGUCCGGGCUGCUGCACCGGGUGGACUGCUCGGAUCUGGGGCUCCGGCAGAUCCCGGCCAACCUGAGCGUCUUCACCUCCUACCUGGACCUCAGCAUGAAUAAUCUGACUGUGAUGUCUGGCCGAGCUCUGAGCAACCUGCACUUCCUGGAGGAGCUGCGUUUGGCAGGAAACGAUCUGUCCUCUAUCCCCAGAGGAGCGUUCUCCGGCCUCUACAACCUCAAAGUGCUGAUGCUUCAGAACAACCAGCUAAGAUCUGUUCCUGCUGAGGCCUUCAACAACCUCCACAACCUGCAGUCGCUACGUCUGGACGCCAACCACAUCUCCAGCGUUCCCGUUGGCUGUUUCUCCGGCCUACGUUCGCUCCGUCACCUCUGGUUGGAUGAUAACUCUCUGACGGAGGUCCCGGUGGAGGCCCUGAGCGAGCUGCCAGCCCUCCAGGCCAUGACGCUGGCCCUCAACCACAUCGGCCACGUCCCCAACCACGCCUUCAGCAAGCUGGGCCGCCUGGUGGUGCUGCAUCUCAACAACAAUAGGAUCGUUUCCAUGGGAACCAGCUGCUUCCACGGACUCCACAGUCUGGAGACGCUGGAUUUGAACUACAACAGUCUGGUGGAGUUUCCUACAGCGAUCCGAUCCCUGAGUCACCUCAAGGAGCUCGGUUUCCAUAGCAACAACAUCCAAUCCAUCCCAGAACACGCCUUCACCGGGAACCCGUCACUGAUCACCAUAUUUUUCUACGACAAUCCGAUUCAGUCCGUCGGACGUUCGGCUUUUCAGAAUCUACCGGAGCUUCGAACGCUAUCUCUGAACGGAGCCGCAGAACUCACCGAGUUUCCAGAUCUGACGGGAACCAGGAGUCUGGAGAGUCUAACCAUCACUGGAGCUCAGAUCACUUCUUUACCCGCUUCGGUUUGCGAGCAGCUUCCAAACCUGCAGCUGCUGGAUCUCUCCUAUAAUCAGAUCCAGACUCUUCCCAGCUUCACCGGCUGUGAGAGAAUCCAGAAGAUCGACCUGCAUCAUAAUGAGAUCGAGGACAUCGAGGAAAACACCUUCACUGGUCUGAUGUCACUGCGUUCACUUGAUUUAUCCUGGAACAGGCUGUCAUCAGUGAAACCAAACUCCUUCUCUGCUCUUCCUGCUUUAAACAAACUCGACCUGUCGUCCAAUCAGCUGUCGUCUCUGCCACUGAUUGGUCUACAGAGUCUGACUCACCUGCGAUUGGCCGGAAACGAUCGGCUGAUGGAGCUGAUUCCUCGGGAGGAGCUGCCCAGAGUCAGGGUGAUGGAGCUUCCUUACGCCUUCCAGUGCUGCGCCUUCGUCUCCUGCGAGAGAAGAAGUUCAUCCUGGGAACGAGACGACGCCGAAUCAGCGGGAAGAGACGACUUCAGUCAAGUGGAUCAGGACUGGGAGGAUUUUCUGAUGGAGUUUGAAGACGAACCCAAACCUCAACUCUCGGUUCACUGCAGCCCGACGCCAGGUCCGUUCCGUCCCUGCCUUCAUCUGCUCGGCAGCUGGAUGAUCCGGGGCGGAGUUUGGCUCAUUGCUGCCAUCUCAUUGGUCAGCAACAGCCUGGUUGUCCUCUCUGUCUUCUUCUCCCCGGCCGCCUCGGUCACGCCCCCCAAGCUGCUGAUUGGCCUGCUGGCUCUGGUGAACGGCCUGAUGGGAGUCUGGAGCGGCUGGUUGGCGGCGGUGGACGCCUGGACAUUCGGCAGCUUCUUUAGAUAUGGAGCGAAGUGGGAGAGCAGCUUCCUGUGUCGACUCGGCGGCUUCCUGUGUGUGUUUGCGUCGCAGACCGGCCUUUUCCUGCUGACCGUCGCAGCUCUGCAGCGAUGCAUGGCGGCCGACGCACGACGCAACAAAAGCGACAGGAGCAGCGGUGGAUCUUCGUCGCCGCUGUCCAUCCGUCUGUCCGUCUGUCUUUGCUUCCUGCUGGGCCUCGCCGUCACGCUGCCCCCCCUGCUGGCCGGACACAGCAGCACCUCCCUCUGUCUGCCGAUGCCUUCGUCCUCCUCCUCCUCCUCGCUGGCCUUCUCCGUCUCACUGGUUCUCUGCGACUCGCUGUGCUUCCUCGUCAUGACGCUCGCCUACACUCGCCUCUACUGCCGGGCCAACAAGGCUCCGCCCGCCUCGGAGGAGGAGGCAGCGUUGACGCGACACGUCGCCUGGCUGCUGUUCUCCGACUGCCUCCUCUACCUCCCCGUCGCCUUCCUCUCCUUCUCCUCGCUGCUGAGGCUUCCUGCCGCCGGGCCGGAGGCGGCGAAGGGCGUUCUGCUCCUGGUGACGCCACUGCCGGCCUGUGUCAACCCGCUGCUCUACCUGCUCUUCAACCCGCUCGCCAGGGAGGAGCUGGCGGCGCUGGCCAAACGCACCUGUGGGGUUUUAGCACUACCGAAGCUCCGCCAAAGAGGAGGAGGAGCUGGAGGAGGAAGGUCGAGGCCGAGCGCGAUGGAUUCAACGUACGACGAGGACGCCGAGAAACAGUCAUGUGACUCGACGCAGGCGCUGGUGGUCGUAAAAGAGGAAGAGGAGGAGGUGGGAAGAGGAAGAGGGAAUGGCGAGACGCAACAUUCGGUGGCGUUUGUUGCUGCACAACACUGAAGAAACACAAACAUAGAGGGUUUAAAGUCUCACCCAACAAACACCAAACAUCUGAAAACCGUCCCAACCUCUGAAGGGACCAGUUCCUACCUGUAAAUCCAAUGAACGGUUACAAGUAGGGACGUCCUGAUCAGGUUUAGUUUUUGCUCCUGAUUUGAGUCCUCCAUUGACUCCCAGUUCAAAGUCCUUUUCCUCGAUGAGGUAGACUUUAAUUAUAUCAACAUCAUUAAGACCGAUCCAGUAUAUCUGCUUGACACCUAAAUAGUUCUGCAAGUCUUUAAGAAAAGACUUAAUUUCAGCCUCCAUAUUGUUCCUGAAUGUUCUGUAGGGGUUCGGGAACCUCCAGGAAGCGCCAAUAGGACCCUGUGUAAAUGUAGUAUUAGAGGGUAAAUGUAGCAAGUCAGAGACUUCUGUGGUGGCUAAUGACCUCCAACCAGAGCUCACAUUUUUAAGACAAACUCUGAUUGACUAGGACAGUCUUAGUGGUUAGCAAAGGAGCAUCAUGACAAAGACUUCUGCGAUACUUAAUGUCUACCAUUCCAAUCCCAAACUGAGGCUAACUGGCAUAGUGUUCUGAUAACCUAAUAAUAUAUUUGAUUUGUCCAGCAUGCUAAAACUAGUCAAAAUUAAUCAACCAAUGGAAUCAAAACUGAAUAUUCGGGAUGUCCUGGUUUGAUCUCAAAGAUCAUGAUUGGAGUUGAAUGAGGCAUUUUUUAAUGGUAACUUGACCAACUUUAUUUAUUAUAUUGUGUUUUUGUCCAUGAUCACAUAGGUGUCAUUAAGAGAGAGCACAAUUUGUGGUAAGAUGCUACUGAUGCUAAUUCAGAAUAACUCUCCUACUCAAUAAUUGCAGUGUUAAUGUUCACUACCAAUUAAAUGAUUUCAUAAAACUGAUCAUGCAGGGCACUUUCCCUGUUAGGAUGUUGACUUUGUCAACAAACUCAAGAUUUGGACUACUAAACUGCCUCCUUUCCACCUGUCACUGGGUGGAAUUCUGUUAUGGCUGAUUCUGAACCCAUGAAAUCUGAUCGGAGGUCAAGUUUGAUGGAGGACAUUGAGCAUCACAGAAGUCUUUGACGUGGGGCUCCUUGACUAGCCAAAAACACUAUCCUAGUAAAUCUGAGUUAGUCUGAAACACGUUAUCUCUGGUCGGAGGUCAUUAACCACCACAGAAGUCUUUGCAUGGUGCCCCUUUACUAGCCAAACUCCCACAAUGCUCUCUGCUUUAACAUGAACUGUAGUCUGAGUGACGCCUCCUCUGGUCUCUACAGGAUUAAACAGUAAGAGGCUAGACUUGUUAGAACAACCAGGUACUACAGCUAAUCUAGACAAGGGGUCCUCGGCUUAUGACGUCCUCAACCUACGGCGUUUCAUCGUUAUGUCGGAACUGGUUCUGUGGAACUAGUUGGUGAGCGGAGCAGAUGAAUAGGUCAUCAUAUGGCGCUAUGAGACGACUUUGUUUACAUUCGCUGGCUGGAUCGCGCUACAUUCACUAACUUGUAGCUUGUAAAAUGACUCAUACAUGCAUAAGAGUUGUUGGUAUUCAUGACUUUUCUGAAGAACUGAUUAAUAUUGUGAUGUACGUAAUGGCUUUGUUUACAUUUUCACUGAAGUUCCGACUUACGGUGAAAAUCGACUUACUUUAGUCCGUUUGAACGGAACUCCGAUGUAAACCGAGGACCCAUGUAUUCAGGAACAGCUUUGUUCCUAAAAUGCAUUUUUUUUCUAAAUUCAUUACACAGGUGCCAAACAUAUACACUGGAUUGAUUUCAGUAACUGUAUUGUACUUGAAGUGUGUAUUAUUGACAAAAAUUGGUGUCACAUUGGGAUUUACUAGUGGCAGAAACUAAAUAUUCAAUGAUGAUUGCAACAUCUCUACUUAAUAUUUAGUCAUUUGUCAGGUGUUUAAAUAUGUUCAAAAGGCUGCAAAGAUGCCAAUGGUUGCAACACUGCUGCCUGUAAGCGGGGCACUAAUGAGGCUUUCGUAUUCUCUAAACUUUACCAACCUUUGCCAGGUGAGACAAAACCCACACAAACACACACACGUACAUAAAUAUAUACAGAGGACACAGCAGAAUGACUGAUGGGAUUGUGAGGCAGCAAAUGUAGCAGAAGAUGGUGAAACAAAAGCACAAGAAGUCGCUCAUCAAGAACUCAACGGCAGUUUGAGUCCAGCUUUCUCUUCUUGUUCACCGUUGUCCCUCCGCCGUCUUUUAUUAUUUUUUCUUCCGCAGCAAAAGUCGAUGGAAACCAGAAGGUUGUAAAUCCAGCAGCUUUUAUUUUGAAAGACAGUUUACAGCACAGUGUUACCAAACGGUGACGGGCCAUGUUUUCACAAGUCGGUGUGGAAACUGCAGCGUCCAUGAGAGUGUCGUCACCGAGUCGAUGUUGGACACAAGAAUCAGGACAAACAGGAUUAAAGAGCAGCUGCAGCUCAUGUUCAACAGCUGGAAGAAGAAGAAGAAAAAAAGCAGAACUGUUCCUUUAAACUAGCACCGUUUCCUUAAAGUCGACUCGAACUUUUGGACUUUCUUUGAUUUUAAUCAUGAAAACACCAAAACAAAAAUACGUUCUCUGAACUAUAUUACAGGGUGAUUCCGGUAUUUUUAAACCUGGUGUCUGUUUUUUGGUGUAUAUGAAGGAAUCGGUCCAAUAUUUACCAAGAAUUCUGUUACCGAAAAACGGCGUACAGAUGUACCGUUGUAACAGGCCAGAUUAACCCCCAGCCAAAGUAUACCCAAAGAAUACCUUGGUAUCAACUGGCCUUGGCCAAAGAAUACUUUGGGUAUACUUUGGGUAUACUUUGGGUAUUCUUUGGAUAUAUUUUGAGUAUUCUUUGGGUGUACUUUGGCCAGGGGUUAAUCUGCCUGUUACACCAGCUUAUUGUGGAAACGAGUCUUCUCUGAAGUGUUUUAGAAUUCGACUGUUAGACAAAGAAAACACAAGUUGGUUCAAAUCCGCAAAACUAAUUUACACGAAGGACCCCCCAUGUGUGACUGUGUACAUUUCUGUAUACAGUAAAGAGUGUACUUGUUGUAAAUACAGGCUACUGUGACAAUCCUACUUUUCUUUUUGUGUAGACUGUGAGGAAUCUUUUCUUUUUGUAAUGUUUGUAAAGCUUGUGUCCUUUCGCUUCCUGUUGUUUGUUUCGGUUGGUUAAGUGAUAUAUUCCAGAUAUUCCGCUCUGCAGGUAAACUUUAGGGUUCCUGAAGUGUUCUCAAACCCAAUAAAGGUCCAAGAAAAUUCCCCAAUAGUUAGCAUCAUUUUCACUUGUCGAUCCAAGUACCUAAAAUCCUUCCUUUGGGGGCACAACUCUCUUUCUCAAAGCAUAAAUUGAUCAUGGACGUUCUUUAAAGUGUGUUCAAGAGAUAGACUUUACAUAAAGGAUGGACACAGACACUUUGACAGAACAAACUGUUUUGUGAAUUAUUAUUUUCAGUAAUUUGGAACCCUAACCCUGAACCAUUGCCAUCUUGGUCUAUUAAAACUGGACGCAAUAAGUAAGGCUAGACACUUCAUUCGCCCUAAGAGAUAUCUUGUUUUAUCAUCUAUUUUCCCCUAAAAAUCUACAUAAUUUGUUAAAUAAACACCAUGUUGCACUAAAGGAGACUUAAAACUAGUAAUCGAGACCAUAAACUUCACAGGAAAUUUGUCGCUGAGGUGACAAAACAAGGCAGAAGUCAACUCAUUUCUCAGAGACUUGGACACAAUCAGGCUUCCUCUUAAAAGAAGUUGGCCCCUGCUGGUGGUGUCAAAGCUGAAGUUACUUCCUCGAUGCUCUGUCCAUCUUUUAUAUAAAAUCUAUAGGUCCGGUUUUCACUGCGGGAACUUGCAGGCCAGAACUUUUAGCUUCUUCUGACAGCAAGAACCUCUAUAGAACCUAUUUGAGGGCUGUUUUCAGGGGGAAUAAGUUUCUAUUCGAAGGUAAACUCAGAGAAAACAACAAGCACCAUUUGUUCCACCCUCUUGAUAUCCUUGUCGAUCUUUUAUAUACCAUCUAUGUUGAGAUCUCAAACUUCUAUACAAUUCAACUUCUUUUAACAACCAGAGUAGUCGCCCCCUGGUGGCUGCAUCCAUCUUUUAUAUUCAGUCUUUGGUUCAGGAACCCCGUUAUGAUCAACUGGUUUCCAUUUUCCCCUAAAAUAUUCCCUGUUUCAGGGGCCACCAUGCCUCGCAUCAUGAUGCUGCCACCACCAUGCCUGAAACUUAAGUCUCAGUCGAUGCCACAGGGAAAAGACUUGACCAAGAGAUGUUUUCUGAUGUAAAGUCUUCUUCUUCUUGUGGUGCUCAUUACUGCCCCCCUGAGGCUAGAUGGUGCGAGGGGUCAUCAUAUGAACAAAAUUAUUUGGGAACUGUACUUCCACUUUUUAACAUCUGACAGAAUAAUGUCUGAAACAUCUGGAUUUGUCAGAUUUACCUCCAUCUUAGCUUUUUCAGUCAAUCUGAUCCAUCUAAGACACUUAAAUGAUCCAGUGAAGGUGGUGUUUGUGACAAUGUUUUAGGUGUUUUGAUUUGUUUUUUUUACUACAAACUUUAAUAAUUAGAAAUUCAGCGUGUGUCUGAAAGCUUCACGAAACUGCAUGAGCUUGUGAAAAAGAAAAAAAAUGUAAAUCUGUCUACUGAAAAUAUGAAUUUUUAAACAGUUUAACUGUAUCGCAUCAACAAGCUUAAAAAAUAAGUAGGCGGAGUCUUUGUUGCUCUGCCCAUGAUUAAAGCCAUUGCAACAGAACAAAAAACAAAAAAAUUUCAAGCUAAAAGCAUGACAGUGUGAAUGUGAGCCGUGUGGCAGUGUGACUGCUGCACCUUUCUGUGAUUAGCACUUAAAUAUGUUUUUAAAAAAAACUAAAAGCUUCGUUAAAACCUGAAAGGUUCAAACUUUGUCUCCUCCUGUUGUAAACUUUUGUAAAAUAUCGGAGUGUUUUAGCUUGUAAAAUUCAGAGUGAAUGUUUAGAUUGAAUAAAACAACAACGUGGUUGAAACUGA